ACAAUAGUAUAUCUGGUACAUCCAUGUAGAAUCUUAUCUGCGCUUGAGAUUUUAGGCUUUCGUGUAGUCGCCUCUUCAUCAACAGCCGUUAAACAGGACUACAACGAGUAUAUGUGGACGAUGCGAAAAGAAUUCCAUGAACCAGAGCCUCUCGAAGCAGAAUCCGUUGUACGUGAGAAUCUUUCGAAUAUAGGACGUAAAGCAGCAGGGCUAGGCAACUACCAUAAGGUCGAUUCGCCCGAAUAAGAAAGCGGUUAAAGUAAUCAAAUACAACACGCAUACAAAUCGAAAUCAGAUAUCUGGCGCCUGAUCUCCAGGGAGAAUAAUUCAAGAAGCAAGAAUUAAAACAAACAACUGUUUUCCAAAACCCC